AUGUCGGACGGAGAAGAGCCCACUUCCCCCGUUGUCGCUGCUGCCGAUGAAGUCGAAGUCUCUGGCGAUGCCGCUGCGUCUUCUGGAUCCAUGUCUGUCCUUGAUGCCCUGAAAGGUGUCCUCCGAAUCGCCCUCAUCCACGAUGGUCUCGCCCGGGGUCUGCGCGAAGCCUCCAAGGCUCUCGACCGUCGCCAAGCACACAUGUGCGUCCUGAACGAGGCAUGCGAGGAGGAAGCUUACAAGAAGCUCGUCAUUGCUCUGUGCUCCGAACACAAGAUCCCCUUGAUCAAGGUCCCUGACGGAAAGAUGUUGGGCGAAUGGGCCGGUCUCUGUGUCCUGGACCGCGAGGGUAACGCCAGAAAGGUGGUCAACUGCUCGUGCGUCGUUGUCCGUGACUGGGGUGAGGAAAGCCAAGAGCGCAACGUCCUCUUGAACUACUUCCAGACCGAGCAGUAG